GGAAGUUGUGAAGCGCAGCCUAUGCGGCGGCGCGGUGAGAUCGAAAUGGCGACCGAGGGAGAUGUGGAGCUGGAGUUAGAGACCGAGACCAGCGGCCCCGAGCGGCCUCCCGAGAAGCCACGGAAGCAUGACAGUGGUGCUGCUGACCUGGAGCGGGUCACUGACUAUGCGGAGGAGAAGGAGAUCCAGAGUUCGAAUCUGGAGACGGCUAUGUCCGUCAUUGGUGACAGACGGUCCAGGGAGCAAAAGGCAAAACAGGAGCGGGAGAAGGAACUGGCGAAGGUCACGAUCAAGAAGGAAGAUCUGGAGUUGAUAAUGACAGAGAUGGAGAUCUCUCGAGCAGCAGCAGAAAGGAGCUUGCGUGAACACAUGGGCAAUGUUGUGGAGGCUCUUAUUGCCCUAACCAACUGAUGUGCAUUUUCAGACAUUCUGGGCUUAUUUACUGAAAUAAAGUGUUUUGUUAUGCUGUU